AUGUCCUUCCUCACUGGAGCCAUCCGCACCGCCGCCGUCAGCACUUCGGCCCGUGCUGCCCUUCUCGGACGUGCCGCCCCUGUUGCCGUCGCUCAGCAGGUCCGUGGCUACGCCGCACACCACGAGGAAGAGUCGUUCGACGCCUUCAACACGCGCUACGUUGGAUUCUUCGACGCCGUAGAGGACCUGUUCGAGCUGCAGCGUGGAUUGAACAACUGCUUUGCCUACGAUCUGGUACCCUCGCCAGAGGUCAUCGAGUCGGCCCUUCGUGCCAGUCGACGUGUCAACGACUACUCGACCGCCGUGCGCAUCUUUGAAGGCAUCAAGCAGAAGGUCGAGAACGAGAACCAGUACAAGCAAUACGUCGAGGCUCUCAAGAGCGUCCGUGAGGAGCUCGGAAUCCAGCUCAAGGAGGAGCUGUAUUCGGCAUAA